AUGCCGGACCGUCGAUUGCUAGAGGCUCGUCCGUCCUCCUCCUCUAGAGUGACAGAGUUCGGUUCUCCUCAUACCUCAAUUCGGUUCCUAAGGCCUUCUUCCUCCUCCUUCUCCUCCACCUAUAGUUUGAUGUUGGGACCCUCGGAUUCUAAAGUUGAGAGUUCAACCCAUCCAAAAUCGAGCUCGACGAAGAAAUACAAUUACUCGCUGGCUCUUCAUCAAACAUGCAAGUGA